AUCAACCGAGGAUGUUGAGUAAAGUCGUCGGACAAAAAUAUGUGUCUAUUGCCAAGUCAUGGAUCCCAACACUUGCUAUCUGGGGUACAGUCGGUGGCGUAGCUGUGGUCCAUUUCACAGACUGGCGAGUCGUUUUGGACUAUGUUCCCUACAUCAACGGCAAGUUCAAGAAGGACAACUAGGGGCAGUCAGUUUGAUGGAUUCUACACAGAUUUUGAACAAGGACUUCUGCAGCUGCUAAUUUGCAAAGCAUUAUCACAGCCAGUACUGUUCAUCCUGCUGCUUCAAAAAGUCUUCACCGCCACCAGCACCACCAGCAGCUGUAAUUCACUUGGAGUUCAGCAGUUCUUCUCAGCUUGGAAAGCAUGAGUGGGAAGACUAUGAACUUUUUUUCUUUCUUCAUGUGUUCGGAGGUCAGCUAUUUAUUUUGGUCAACGGUGUGCACAAAUUUUAAGCUGCCCUUCAAACCAAACUGUCUUACAA